AUGUCUGGAUUUAUGAAAUCAUUCCGCUCCAGAGGCUUCCCUCUCUUCGGACCUCUUGACCUUUUCACCCGCAUUUCUCUGGCGGGCCUCUCCGCGCACACAGUGUUAUCUGGGAAGAAGAUGUUUGAAUGUUCUAACUUCCUGUGCGCCACACAUAUCAUCCCCGUGAAGAACGAGGAAGGCGUGGUCAUGAUGUUCAUCCUGAACUUCGACUACGUCCUGGAGGAAGGCAGCAGCGACUCUCUGGAGAAACUCAACCACACCACGCCAUCCAAAGCUGACCACCGGAAAGGGAGAUUCUUUCGCUUCCGUUUCCCGGGCUUACCUCUCCUUGGCAUCAACAAGCAGUCCCUGCCCCAGGAAGACCCCGACGCUGUCAUGGUGGACUCCCCUCGCCACAGCGACGGCUCGGUGGCCACGCGCGACUACCAGCUUCCCACCACCCGCGAGAGCUGCAGCCCCUCCUACGCCAACGACACCCGCGCCCUCAUCGGCCCCAGCCAUUGCUCCACCCCUGUGUCCGGGCCAUUGGACCACUCGUCGCCCAAGGGCCCCUGGGACCGGACGUACCCCGACUGCUCCAUAAGGCAGACCCAACACCAGAUCAAGGAGGUUGUCGCUGCUCCUUCGAUCCCAGGACUCACUCAAACCGCCUCCAGGGAGAGAGUGUGCAGUAUUCGCAGAGCCUCCUCCGUACACGACAUGGAAGGAUUCGGGUCCAACUCCAAGAUGGGGUUCAGGGACAGACACGCCAGUGAAGACAAUGGUCGCAAUAUUAAAGGGCCGCUGAGCCAGAUCAAAUCCAGCCUGCUGGGCUCCACCUCCGACUCCAACCUCAACAGGUACAGCACCAUCAACAAGAUCCCCCUCAUCACGCUCAACUUCUCCGAGGCCAACAAUGAGAAGAAGUGCCCCUCCCCUCCGUCCUCGGAGAAUACCAUCAUCGCCCCGAAGGUCAAAGACCGCUCACACAAUGUCACCGACAAGGUCACGCAGGUAAGACGCUCACCAAGCGAGGUUUCCACACAAAUAUGUGGAAAGUUUCUGAAAUGA